AUGGAACACACCAACGAAGAUACCGCGCCGGAUGCACCACUCAUCGGCGAACGUGAAGGAGCCGAGCCUCACAAUCCCUCUUUGCAUCUGCGCUCAUUCGGGAACACUUUCGUCUGGGCCUUGACCAUUUCUGCAUGCGUCUCGGGGUUGCUCUUCGGCUACGACACAGGAGUCAUCAGCGGCACGCUUGUCUCCAUUGACACCGACCUCUCCUCCCGAAAAUUGACGAACAUCGACAAAGGCUUGAUAACCUCCUGUACGAGCUUCUUCGCCCUCGUUGCAAGUCCGGUCGCCGGUGUGAUGGCGGAUAAUAUGGGGAGGAAGAACGUGAUUGUGGUUGCCGACGGUCUCUUUACACUGGGUGCGCUGUGGCAGGCAUUCACGAGCUCGGUCUGGGGAAUGAUACUAGGCCGGAGCAUAGUGGGACUCGCAAUCGGAGGAGCCAGUAUGAUUGUGCCACUCUACAUAUCUGAGCUUGCGCCGGGGCAUCUGCGAGGUAGGCUUGUCACCGUAUCCCUGCUGUUCAUCACUGGUGGUCAGGUCAUUGCCUAUUUGGUCGGAUGGGCGUUCUCGUCCACGAGAGGCGGAUGGCGGUGGAUGGUUGGGCUUGGUUCAAUACCAGCAAUCGCACAGCUUGUCAUGCUGACGUUCAUGCCCGAAACACCUCGCUUUCUGGCCAGAGUGCGGAAAGAUGCAGACGCAAGGACUGUGCUUUCCAAGGUCUACAGGGGAAUGGUGCCCGACACCACCGAGAUUGUCGAUGGUAUCAUGUUGGCAAUCAGAAAGGGGCUACUCGAGGAGGAGGAAGCUCACCUACAGCUCAAAAGCUCGGAUUCUCGAUCGGCUCUCAUGCCACCUGCUCUGCAUUCUCUCCUAUUUCAUCCACCACACACCCGAGCCCUCAUAAUCACAUGCACUUUACAGGGCCUGCAACAGCUUUGCGGAUUCAACAGUCUGAUGUAUUUCUCAGCAACCAUCUUCCAGCGGCUUCACUUCUCCUCACCCACUCUGAUCUCUCUUACUGUUGCAGGAGCGAACUUCUUGUUAACGCUGGCCGCGUUCGGCCUGAUCGACCGCAUCGGGCGAAGGCGUAUCCUACUGAUAACAAUUCCUGUUAUGGUGGUGUCGCUGCUACUGUGUGCAGUGGCCUUCUCUUAUAUUCGCAGCGCGCCGGCGGAUCAUUUUGAUGUCCCAACAUCGAGCGCGGAGUUGCCCUCGGCCUCACGACUCCCGGCCCUGGGAAUAUUGUUUGCACUGCUCCUAUACGUGUCGACAUAUGCAAUCGGUCUUGGUCCAGUCCCAUGGCAGCAGUCCGAAAUGUUUCCUCUCAGCGUCCGGUCGCUCGGUUCCAGCCUCGCGACUGCCACAAAUUGGGGCAGCAAUACCAUUGUCGGACUGACCUUUCUGCCGAUGAUGGACCUGCUGACCCCGACGUGGACUUUCGUUUCUUACGCCGUCAUGUGUAGCGUGGGAUGGGUCGCCAUAUACCACAUCUACCCAGAGACCAUGGGCCUAGGGUUAGAGGAGGUGGGGGAGCUGUUAAAGCAUGGUUGGGGAGUCAAAGAGAGCAUGGAAAAGUUAAGAAUAUUGAAGUCACAGAGAGUAGAAUGA